AUGCUAGCUGAGGCAGGUGGCUCCGUUCCACAUGGAAGCGACAGCUCUAUGAGGACAAGCAAUAUCAAUAAUAAUAUAAAUCAGGAAUCUUCAAUCUUAAUAUCCAAGAUGGAAGACGUUGUCAUCCCGUUCUCGUCUGAGGUGCCCUGCGACAAUAAUGGGCAGCGUAUGUGGUGGGCAUUCCUCGCCUCCUCCAUGGUGACGUUUUUUGGGGGUCUCUUCAUCAUCCUGCUGUGGAGGACAAUGCAAUAUAUGUGGACGGUUUGUUGCCACUGCAACGUCAAACCGAAGGAGGUGAAGGUGAUCCAGCCCGUAGCCACAGACAAACCAAAGGGUGAAGGUGUGAAGGAGGAGGUCCCCAUGAGCGAAGUGGGAUGGAUGACUUCAGUCAAAGACUGGGCCGGUGUCAUGAUCUCCGCUCAGACGCUCACUGGCAGAGUUCUGGUGGUGUUGGUCUUUGCGCUCAGCAUCGGGGCCCUCGGAAUAUACUUCAUAGACUCAUCAGAUCCGAUAGAAUCCUGCCAGAAUUUCUGGAAAGAUUUCACGUUACAGAUCGAUAUGGCCUUCAAUGUCUUCUUCCUACUUUACUUUGGACUGCGCUUUAUAGCGGCCAAUGAUAAACUAUGGUUCUGGCUGGAGGUCAACUCAGUGGUAGACUUCUUUACUGUUCCUCCCGUGUUUGUUUCUGUCUACUUGAACAGAAGCUGGCUCGGCUUAAGAUUUCUAAGAGCACUACGAUUGAUACAGUUUUCGGAAAUACUUCAGUUUUUGAACAUCUUGAAAACAAGCAAUUCCAUCAAGCUGGUAAACCUGUGUUCCAUCUUCAUCAGCACAUGGCUCACAGCGGCAGGAUUCAUACAUUUGGUUGAAAACUCAGGGGAUCCCUGGGAAAACUUCCAGAAUUCUCAAGUACUUUCCUAUUGGGAAUGUGUCUAUUUGCUGAUGGUGACGAUGUCUACAGUGGGCUACGGGGACGUCUAUGCAAAAACCACCUUGGGGCGCCUGUUUAUGGUCUUCUUCAUCCUGGGUGGUUUGGCCAUGUUUGCCAGCUACGUCCCUGAAAUCAUAGAGUUAAUAGGAAACCGAAAGAAAUAUGGUGGUUCCUAUAGUGCGGUUAAUGGGAGAAAGCAUAUUGUGGUCUGUGGUCAUAUUACCCUCGAAAGUGUCUCCAACUUCCUCAAAGACUUCCUACACAAGGACAGGGAUGAUGUCAAUGUUGAAAUUGUUUUUCUCCAUAAUAUUUCCCCUAAUCUUGAGCUGGAAGCCUUAUUCAAACGACAUUUUACGCAAGUAGAAUUCUACCAAGGAUCUGUUCUCAACCCUCACGACCUCGCCAGAGUGAAGAUCGAGUCAGCAGAUGCCUGCUUAAUCCUAGCCAAUAAAUACUGUGCAGAUCCUGAUGCUGAAGAUGCCUCCAACAUCAUGAGGGUUAUUUCGAUCAAGAACUACCAUCCCAAGAUCAGAAUAAUCACACAAAUGCUACAGUAUCACAAUAAGGCCCAUCUGCUUAACAUUCCGAGCUGGAACUGGAGAGAGGGUGACGAUGCGAUCUGUCUGGCGGAGCUGAAGGCAGGCUUCAUAGCCCAGAGCUGUCUGGCCCAGGGCCUGUCCACCAUGCUCGCCAACCUCUUCUCUAUGAGGUCCUUCAUUGAGAUUGAGGAGGACACAUGGCAGAAGUAUUACCUAGAGGGGGUGGCUAAUGAGAUGUACACAGAGUAUUUGUCCAGUGCAUUUGUCGGCCUCACCUUCCCAACUAUCUGUGAGCUGUGUUACGUGAAGCUGAAGCUGUUGCUUAUUGCCAUCGAAUACAAGUCGGAGCAGAGAGAGAGCAGCAUCCUCAUUAACCCGGGAAACAAUGUGAAGAUGCAGGAAGGAACUCUUGGGUUCUUUAUUGCCAGUGAUGCCAAAGAAGUGAAGAGGGCAUUUUUCUACUGCAAAGCUUGUCAUGACGACAUCACAGACCCUAAGCGGAUAAAGAAAUGUGGCUGCAAACGAUUCGAAGACGAGCAUCCAUCAACUCUCUCGCCCAAAAAAAAGCAGCGCAAUGGAGGGAUGCGAAACUCACCCAACAACUCGCCCAAAAUGAUGAGUCGACACGACCCCCUUCUUAUUCCUGGAAAUGAACAAAUCGAGAGCAUGGACAUGAACGUGAAGAGGUAUGACUCGACAGGGAUGUUUCACUGGUGCCCGUCAAAGGAGAUCGAAAAAGUCAUCCUGACCCGAAGUGAAGCCUCCAUGACAGUACUGAGCGGCCAUGUGGUGGUCUGUAUAUUUGGGGAUGUCACGUCCGCUUUGGUGGGGCUGCGAAACUUGGUGAUGCCUUUAAGAGCCAGUAACUUCCAUUACCACGAACUAAAGCCAAUAGUUUUUGUGGGCUCGCUGGAAUACCUGCGAAGAGAGUGGGAGACUUUACACAACUUCCCUAAGGUCUCCAUCUUACCUGGUACGCCAUUAAGUCGGGCAGAUUUAAGGGCUGUCAACAUCAACCUCUGCGACAUGUGCGUAAUACUGUCAGCCAAUCAGAACAAUAUCGAAGAUGCCUCACUGCAGGAUAAGGAAUGCAUCUUGGCAUCACUCAACAUCAAAUCUAUGCAGUUUGAUGACAGCAUUGGGGUCUUACAGGCUAAUUCCCAAGGUUUCACGCCUCCUGGAAUGGACCGGUCAUCUCCAGACAGCAGUCCAGUACAUGGCUUUGUGCGUCAGGCUUCCGUCACCACCGGAGCCAACAUCCCCAUCAUCACAGAACUAGUGAACGACUCUAACGUUCAGUUCCUGGACCAAGACGAUGAUGACGACCCAGACACGGAGCUGUACCUCACUCAGCCCUUUGCCUGCGGCACUGCCUUCGCUGUCAGUGUACUCGACUCCCUGAUGAGCGCGACAUACUUCAAUGAUAACAUCCUCACACUGAUUCGGACGCUGGUCACAGGGGGGGCCACACCAGAGCUGGAGGCCCUGUUGGCUGAGGAGAAUGCUCUCAGAGGAGGAUACAGCACACCGCAGACACUGGCCAACAGAGACAGGUGUCGCGUCGCCCAGCUAGCCCUCUACGACGGGCCUUUUGCAGACUUGGGGGAUGGCGGCUGCUAUGGGGACUUAUUCUGUAAAGCGCUGAAGACGUACAACAUGCUGUGCUUUGGAAUCUACAGAUUAAGAGACGUUCACAUCAAUGGACCGAGCCCGUGCACAAAGCGGUAUGUGAUCACGAACCCACCGUAUGAGUUUGAGCUGGUGCCCUCAGACCUGAUCUUCUGCCUGAUGCAGUUCGACCACAACGCAGGCCAGUCCCGAACAAACUUGUCCCACUCUUCCCACUCCUCCCAUUCCUCCAGCAAAAAGAGCUCCUCCGUCCACUCCAUCCCGGCCUCCAACCGGCAGAACCGCAGCAGUAAGACCAGGGAGCCCCGCGACAAACAGAAAAAAGAAAUGGUUUACAGAUGAACCAGAAAAUGCAUACCCACGGAACAUUCAGAUCAAGCCCAUGAGCACUCACAUGGCCAACCAAGUCAACCAAUACAAAUCCACUAGUAGUCUGAUUCCACCGAUCAGAGAAGUUGAAGAUGAAUGCUGAACACAGGGUUUUCCCUCCAGACAUCUGUACGCUCUUUCAAAGGAGAUAGAAGAUCACCCAUGGAGGAUUGAUGGUGAUGAUGAUGGUGACAGGGAUGUUGAAGACUGACACAUUUCUCUUCACUCAUUGUUAAAAUCAAGGGUUGGACAAAAACCCAAACUGGAAAGGGACCUCCUAUGUGUAUACCUUUUAAUGUUACUUCCAUGAUCUUGGACUUUGUUUUAUUUAUUAAUGUAUCCAUAGUGAUGUACAUAAUGACAAUCAAAUAAGGAUUGUACAGCCCCUUCCUCCUAGCACUUUUUGGAAUUAUUUUAAGAGUUGACAAAAAAAAGAGAGUACUUCCUGUAAUUCUUUGCAAUAGUUCACCUCUUCGUGUGACCAGACUCCAUUGCUAAGGUGACUGGUUCUUGGAGGAUGAGGGUUGCGGCGAUAAACUGAUCAUAUCAUCUCCCAAAGAUCCGCCCAUGAUGCAUUACGUCUAACCAGCUGGGUUCACCGACUUCAUAUCUCCUGUCUGCUUCUGUUCUAUUUGCACUAAAACUGAACAAGUUUCUUUUGUCGGAACAACUGGAACCACCAGAUUCCCCCUCAAUAAAUUGUCGCUGAGGAGAUGACGGAAGGAAAGAAGAGGGAGGAGGGCUGCUUUGAAGGCAUACUAAUCUUCUUAGGUUGUUAUACAUCAUGUCAUUGCUUAAGGUUUGCUACUUCACCGUUGACUUGUCAUGUUAAGUGAGAGCAUUCCAGUCCUGCAGAAGAAAAUCGUCUUGCAAAACAGUAGUCUGAAAACUCGAAAAACGGUGCGGUGUUGGUGUGUGCCGACUAAGGAGAACCCUGUACCUAAAUGUCUUCUGCUGAUAUGUCCGAUCAUGAAGCCUGUGACUCUGUUUUAAGCUCCUAUCGCAUGAUAUGUGCCUGAGCCCCCUCUAUAACGGAUACAGUGCAGUUGAUCAACCUGAAAACAUGGGAAGGAUUUGAAACAACCUACCCUUAGCUUCAUGCGUUCAGGAGCAUUUACAUUAUAUGCACGCUGUGUGUGAGUGUGUGUGUGUGUGUGUGUGUGUGUGUGUGUGUGUCUGCGCGUGUGCAUCACAGCCACUCGUUGUGAUCAUCUGUUCCAUCGCUUUGUAUGUGUUGGUGCACCUUUUAGAGGAGCAGCAUGUGGGGUCUUUGCUCUAAAAUGAAAGUCAUGGUAGAAAAACAAACAGUAGAGGAAUCAGAUGGGUUUGGAUCUAAAACUAAAAUGAUAUUGUUGCAUCAAAAACAAACCAAAUUCCCCAACUAUCCUUGAGCUAAUGCGGACAGCAGCUGCGUGCCCACCGUUAACGCUUUGCUGUGAAAAUUGUGGGAUCACAAAGAAGAGUGGUGUAUUUUCUGAAUGUUAUGUCUGUUACAAAAAGUCAAUGUCUGAGGAAGGAAAUGCCACAUAUCGCAUAAAGUGGGCAUCAAUGGGUCCUCCUUUGAUCAAUGCUGCCUGGCACAGGGUUGGCACAGAGGCAGUAAAGAGCUUGGAUGUUCUCUGUAGCCAAUCCAGAUGUCACACGCCUCAAAACUCUCAGGAGUUAAGCUGCUAUGUCCGUUUCUCUAACAUGGGGAAAUGCUCAAAAAUAGUUGGGGUGAAAUGCAACAAUACCACAGACUGCCAAUAAGGAUACUGACGAGGAACCAGUGUUCUUUAUGCUAGCCUGUGACAACACGAGCGUGUAUUUUGCACUUGUUUAGGCCAUACGGAUCCAAACCCAGAUGUGAUAGAGAUGGAGGAUGGAGGCUUGAGCCUUGUACUCCUGAUACAUAAAUGUCAUGCAAAUAUGUAGGUGGACUUAUACAUUUAAACAUAAUUAUUUUGUAUCCAUAAACAUAAUCGAUUUAUACUUAUUUUUCUAUAGAAUAACCAUGUAAGAGUACUAUGGGAGAGAAAAAAAGACUCAAAUAAUAUCUUUAUUACAAUUACAUAUCAAAGAAUAUUGUGUUUGACUAUAUCACCAUUUUUUCACAUCAUACUAAAACAAAAUGUUUCAUUUUUCGUCCUGCCCCUCGAUAACAAACUGCAUCACUCUGGAGCCAAUAAAGCUUAGACUAGCUUGCAUUGUGAAACCACCAUCUUCAGCCUGGCAGCUCAGCUCUGUUGAGUCCUUGCAGACAUAGAUUAAGUCUCAUCUGGAACGUCUUUUAGUCGCAACAGAUGAGUCGUAUCUACAAAAUAAUGUGUCUGAUACUAGGCAUCCCUUGCUGCGAACACGCAGAAAGAAAGAAAGGUGAACAGUAAUGAUGUGUUAGGGGGUAAAUGUUGUAGUUAGCUGAAGAGAAGAUCAGAGUAGUAAUAAUAACAAGAAGAUAAUAGAGUCGCUCCCUCUGUGCGCAGGCCAGAACUGAAUGACCUUCAUUGUUUGACCUAAAUUAGGUCCCUCGUGAUGAGGAAGAGUGUGUACACUAAAGCACAGUGUGCCGGUGUUUUCCACAAAAUAUCAUUUUAAAUAUGACAGUGAGAAGCUGUCUGUUUAAUGCGGUGAUUCUCCUCUAGAUGCUGUAAAGUUGAAGUAAAUCUAAAAGAACAUUUGGAAAAAGAACAUAAUAUUGUGCUAAAUAUGUUUGUGUAAAUUGAAUUCACCCAUUAUAUAAACCACAUUUAUUUUUCAAACAAAAUGAUCUGAGCUUAAAUAUCAGUCUUUUGGAUGUGGUGCAACUAUACUGAAGCCUCAUACACAUCGUCCUAAAGUGAACUUUUGAACUGUGAUUACAUCGUUGUCACACUUUGUAGCAUAUAGAUUUCUUUUCAAAAAAUAUGUGAGUAAAAUGUAUGUUUAAUUGGGUUCUUAAUUGCAUAAUUGCUAGCCUGAACAGUAAGGAACUAUUAACAUUUGAUAAUAGCAAUGACUUAUACAUAGAAUCGACAAACUGAUUGUUAUGUUAACAAAAAAAGACAAAUGUGUAUUUUGAAAAUGAAAGAUCCUGGAUUUUUCUGGGAAAGUACUCUAGUAGGAAACAUAGAAAUUUGAUUAAUCAGCCAUCGCUAAGAUGUAAGGUAGCACCAAUUCAGCAGAGGUUUUAAAAGAGAGAGCAUCCUUAAUUUUCCUGUUUUUAUUACUUUGCAUUCUUACAAGGUUUACAUUCCAUUUUUUCAGCAUGUCAUCUGUCACAACUGCUUCUUUUUUGUUUACAGAGUAUUUUAUGAGUUACUUAAACAUAGCAUUGUUCAGAAAUAAAACGGUACAUGCUGCAAACUGGCAUUAACAAGAAACUCUCAAAGUAAUGCACCAUUUGUUUCAUAACACUUGAUUACUGUGCUUUUUCUACCUGAACCAUCAUCGUGCGACUCAUUCAGACUGGCAUUAUUCAUAACACUGGACUGAGAUGUCUCUCCUUCCUAAACCUUGUCAUAUGUCUCUAUUAGAUGUUUUAGGUUUUUGCAUUGUAUACCUCUAAAGUUUUUUAGAGUGUUUUUUGAAGUGCCAUGAAGAGUUUAGUUUAGCAAGCAUCCUUCAGUCAUUCAGGGACAAAAGCUCACUCUGAGGGAGCUGAGUCCAAGUGUUUUCCAGUGUGAGAACGGUCUCUUAUACUGGCAUGGAGAACAUCCAAGCCAUCAAUGCCUCCAUGCCAGUAUAGUGCCAGGCAGCGCAAAAGGUCAAGAGGAGGGCCCAUAUAAAGUCCCACUAUAGCGAAAAGUGGCAUUCAGGAAGCCUGAGAGGCAGCUGGGGCACAGAUAGCAGCCCCAGUUGUCAAACCACACAUAUUGUCUCUACUGUGUGCUGGGUUAUCAGGUUGUGUUAUGUAGUGUAGUUAGAUAUGGAUGACUGAAAGAUGCACAUAGGGGCACAUGCCUGUAACAUCACGUGUUGUGUCCACUGAACAAAUCAAAGACUAUGAUGCGUCAUACGUUAUUGUUACAGUAUGUUGCAUUAUUUUUGUUAAUCUAUUUUUUGCUGUAAAGGAUGGAUAUAAUAACUUAUUUGCUGGGAAUUGUACUAGAUAUAAUAGAACAUAUACUACUUAUUGGGAUGGGACGUGGGUCUCAAGUCUUAACAAUACAUUAAAAUUGCAUUCAGCAAUUUUUUUGUUGUUUUUUUAAAGAAAAGUUGCAAUUUUUGUUUAUUUUUUUGGUUGCCUAUCAGUUCAGGAAAAUAAUUCAGGACAAUGCUUUUGCGUAAAUACACAGAUCAUCAUCGCAGCAAAUAGGAGUUUGACAUAGCAGUCUAAUUAGUUUGGAUGUGUUCUGAAUAUGACGGAUAAAAGGAUUAUUUGAUGGUGCUGAGUUGAUCUACCUGACUCUGUCAAAUAUCAUCUGCUGAUAAAUAUACUGUCUUGUACAAAAAGUUUGUACAUAGAUUGUACAUGGUUUCUUUUUGUAUUUUCUCAAAUUAAAAUGGAUGUAUUUGUGUUCUAAA